UUCAAUCUACAUUUGUCUAAUUCAUGCACUCUCCAAAGUAGUUUAUUUUGUGCACAAAAACCAAAUCCACUAUCACUAAGGACAUCAAUUUUACCAACACAAGUUGGGAACAAAAUUGUUUAUCAUCCUCUAAGGAAGAAUAAUAAAGUGUUUUCACCCAAUAGAUGUGUGGGGAAAAUAGAGGCAUCACUUAAGUGGGAAAAGGGUUAUAAGAAUGUUGAGGUUUUCAGUAAGGAACAUCUUGCUGUGUCCUUGGCUUAUGAUGUUGCUCAACUUUCUACCAAGUUUACCAAAGAAAGAGGUGCUUUCACGGUUGCUUUGUCUGGUGGAUCUUUGAUCAAGUACCUUAGGAAAUUGGUUGAUUCGCCAUAUGCUGAAACCAUAGAUUGGUCAAAAUGGCAUGUUUUCUGGGUUGACGAGAGGGUUGUCCCAAAGGAUAACUUAGAAAGUAAUUAUAAGCUUGCCAAUGAUGGAUUUCUCUCCAAGGUGCCAAUUCCCCCUCUCAAUGUUUAUUCUAUUGAUGAUUCCCUACCACCUGAUGGAGCAGCAGAUGUUUAUGAGACAACCCUUAGACGCUUGGUUACUAGCAAUGUGAUAGCCACAUCAACCAAUGGGUUACCAAAAUUUGAUCUCAUGCUUCUAGGUAUGGGUCCGGAUGGACAUGUUGCAUCUUUAUUCCCGGGUCAUCCUCUUCUCAAUGAGGAUCAGAAAUGGAUUUCUUUCCUCAAUGACUCACCAAAACAACCACCAGAGAGAAUCACUUUCACAUUUCCAGUGAUCAAUGCUUCUUCCAAUGUAGCAAUGGUGGUUACCAGAGAAUUCACAACAAGUUCAAAAGAUGGAAGAAGAGGAAGAGCAUUAGAGCAGAACGUACCGUAUUCAAGUGAUCUCCUUGCGCUGCAACCUUCGAUUCAACGUUCGCAAGAGCAAACCCCCACUUCGAAGGAUCUCCUUGCGCUGCAACCUUCGAUUCAACGUUUGGCUUGAUUGGAGCUUAGGGUU